CUGAGAUAUCUCGAUCCAAAGAGCCCGCGUUCUGCCUCUUUAAUGGCAAAGGCUCCUUCAACUUCGGCACGCAGCAGGUUGGCGAAGCUUGUCCAAAACGGCAGCUCAUUUCAAGCAACUGAAUCACAGAGGAGCAGAAGGUCUGGAGCGUGUCUAAGGCUCAUUCAUAUUAGUAGGAGAGAUGCUAGUUCUGUUACCUCCUUAUUUCAUGGGCACAUGUGCUUUUUGGUGUUGGAUGGCGCAGUGGCUCUGCAGGCUGCAUGUGCAUAGCGGGCAGUGCUCCUAAUUGGGACUGGACGACG